UUUUUAAAAAACUUUUUGGUGACCGCUUCAGGGCUGCAUGACCCGAGGAGAUUUAAGUCACCACCGACAGUCUGUCCAUGCAGCUGCAAGUCAUAAUGGCAGAGUGAAGAUGGGGGACUGGAACUUUCUUGGAGGGAUUUUGGAGGAGGUGCACAUCCACUCCACUAUGGUAGGCAAGAUCUGGCUCACCAUCUUGUUCAUCUUUCGCAUGCUGGUCCUCGGAGUGGCAGCCGAGGAUGUGUGGAACGAUGAGCAGGCUGAAUUCAUAUGCAACACUGAGCAGCCUGGAUGCAAAAACGUGUGCUAUGACCUGGCUUUCCCAAUCUCCCUCAUCCGCUACUGGGUGCUGCAGGUCAUAUUUGUGUCCUCUCCCUCGCUGGUUUACAUGGGCCACGCGCUCUACAGGCUCAGAGCUCUGGAGAAGGUGCGGCAUAAAAAGAAGGCCCUGCUGCGGAAGGAGCUGGAGCUGGUCGACGUGGAGCUGGCAGAAGAGAGGAGGAGGAUUGAGCGUGAGAUGAAGCUGCUUGAUCAGAGGAAGCUCAACAAAGCUCCUCUGAGUGGCUCCCUGCUCCACACAUACGUGGCUCACAUCGUCACUCGCUCUGUUGUUGAAGUGGCCUUCAUGACAGGCCAGUAUCUCCUUUAUGGCUUUUACCUCUACCCACUCUUCAAGUGUGAGCGGGAUCCUUGUCCAAAUGUCGUCGACUGCUAUGUUUCCAGACCAACAGAGAAAAGUGUCUUCAUGGUGUUCAUGCAAUGCAUCGCUGCGAUCUCCCUCUUCCUAAACAUCUUGGAGAUCAUGCACCUGGGCUACAAGAACAUCAAAAAGGCCAUCUUGGACUUCUACGCUGACUUGAGAGAUGAAGGCGAUGAAAUGGAUGACUUGUUUUCCAAGAAGUACAAAAAAGAGUCUGUUGUGCAAAUAUACACAGGUGGAGCCAGAAAGGCCACAAUUGCCUCUGCACCCAGUGACUACAACCUCUUGAUGGAGACGGUGCAGAACACAAUUAUGUACCCAAACCUUAUCAAAGCUUCAACGUGUCUACCUCUUCAGGGCGAGCAGGCCACCCAGCAGGACUCUGAUGAUUGCAGAUGUUCGACUCAAAGCCCCCCAGAGCACAACUGUACCUCGACUACUGAUGAGCCCUGUUCAAUGUGCUGUGACUUGCUAAUAAACCCAAAGCAGGGGGGCAAGGACGUUUUACAUCUUCCCCCACACAGUGAGAAAGACAGCAGUGAGAGUGGGAGCCCAGACUCUCUGAAAUGCCCACAGAAAGCAGAUCACACUUCCUCCCUCCCCACACUGCCGGUGAGCACUUCAAGGAAACCGUGGAUGGCUCGUGGCUCUUUCAAAUGCUUCACGGUGCUAGAGGGUAAAAGCUCUGAUACAGAUUCAUAUGGGGGCGUAGCAGUCAGUAGCAGACCUCCCUCCACUCACACUCCGUCGGAGGACAAACAUCAAAGCCGGCCCUCCACCCCAGAGUCACUUGAUGACUCCAUCUCAGGAUCCAGGGGCAACACCAGACCGUCUUCCUCCAACUGCAAAACAUCAAUGGCGAGCAACGCAAGCAGCAGGCGAGCUCCAGACCUGCAAAUCUGAACUUUGAUGAGUUUCCUCAUUUGCAUUAAUGUCACAUAUGCCCUCACGUUAGAUUAGACUGUAAUUUAUAUAUUGAAUUGAGUUUUCUAACAGGGGAGGCGUUACUGAUACUUGCUUACUAUACUCCCAACUUUAAAUACUGAAAUGAAAUAAACAUUGCUUGGUUUAAAGUUUGACUGCUGCAAUAAUUACUUUAAAUGACAUAAGAAACAAAAUAUUGUUUUAAGUAUUUUUCCCACUCAUUUUGGAAUAAAACAGUUUCA